AUGUUGGCAGGUCAUAUCUGGAGAUGUGCUUGCAAGGCACGUAAACUUGCGGAUGAUAAAGACACCAAAGUAUUCAUUCCCGUCAAUGGAGGGUCCAAAUUGCAACCCCCACUCCCACCUGGCUUCUUUGGCAAUGUCGUUUUCAGAGCCGCACCAAUUGCUACCAUUGUGAUUGACGAUGAUUAUCUCAUAUCAGCCCUUGACUAUCUUGAGCUUCGUCGUCCUCGUGCUUCCCCACUUGUUAUGGGGCCUCUUUCAUUUAGGUGCCCCAAUCUCCGGAUAAACAGUUGGAUUAGGCUACCGAUUUACGAUGCUGAUUUUGGAUGGGGUCGACCCAUUUUCAUGGGGACUGCUGCAUUAUUUGACGGGAUGUGUUUGUUGUUACCAAGUGCAAGUAAUGGUGGGAAUUUAUCUCUCAUGAUUUCUCUGCCAUCUGAGCACAUGAAAUCAUUUUCCAACUUGUUGUAUGACAUUCAGGGGCACAAUUUUAAGAUUGCCCCCAAAUUAUAA